AUGCAGAGCGCGCAGGGCACACGGACGGACAGCGUGCAGGGCGGCGUGCAGCGCUGCAUGGAUGGCCGCCUAACGCGCCGCUCUCCUUCCUUGUGCAGGCUGGACUUCGCACACAUGUUCCCGCUCUACAAGCCGCGGAGGGGGCUCAAGCGCGGCGACGACAGCAAGGAGACCUACAAGCUGCCACACCGGCUCAUCGAGAAGAAGAGGCGCGACCGCAUUAACGAGUGCAUCGCCCAGCUGAAGGACCUGCUGCCCGAGCACCUCAAGCUCACUGUAAGCACACGGGGCCAUGGGUGCUUGUGGGCUCCCUUGGAGCGUUGCAGCGACCUGUCACCGAGGAGCCUUGACUCCAGCCAGGAGAUGUUCCGCUCGGGCUUCCAGCUGUGCGCCAAGGAGAUGCUGCAGUACCUGGCCAAGCACGAGAGCGGCAAGGAGCUGAAGUGCUCGCAGCUGGCGGCCCAGCUGCACCGCGUGGCUGCCGAGGCGCUGAGCCGGCUGGAGGUGCCCGAGGACGACGGCCCGUUGGGCAGCGACGCGCUCGGCUCCCCUGGCGCCUACCUGGGCCCCCACGCGCACCAGCCGCCCCUGUGCCUGCCCUUCUACCUGAUCCCGCCGUCAGCCACCGCCUACCUGCCCAUGCUGGAGAAGUGCUGGUACCCGGCCUCCGUCCCCGUGCUCUACCCCAGCCUGCCGGCCUCCGCCGCAGCCCUCACGGGCUUCAUGAACCCGGACAAAAUCUCCCCGCCGCUGCUCCUGCCCCAGAGACUCCCAUCGCCGGUGCCGGCCCGUUCCCCCAUCGACUCCUCAGCACUGCUUCAGGCGCUGAAGCAGAUUCCCCCUUUGAACUUGGAAACCAAAGACUAAGCACAGCGUGGCUCCUUGGCUUGCUCAUUUUUUUUUUUU